AUUGAAUUCCACUAGUAAAAGGAUUCACUCUCUCCGGACCUCAUAUAGUGUUAGAUAUAGGGCUUAGCCCAUGGUAAAUGAACCGGAUUAGUUAUUUAGUUCGCAGCAUAGCAUCUGAUCUAGCAAACCUUGUUGUUCUCUUUCAAUAAUGGCUACUCCGGCCGGCUACCCAUCCGCCCCACCCUAUCCCUAUCCAUCCCCACCACCAGAGGACCUCCCCGCGGGGACAAAUCCAGCCAACAACCCCCAGACCACUGGGCCAACUAGGCGUACCUCCCUCGGGGAGAACAUCGGCAACUUCGUGGCCGCACUCUUCGUCUUAAUUAUACUCACAGCCUUGAUCAGCAUCGCCGUUUGGAUGUUCUAUUCGAUAACCAUGGAGAGUCCAGAACUUCCCGAGUUCAAGAUCGAAUCAGCCACCGUCUCCCAACUCAAUACGGAAGGCUCCUUGACCGCCACGUGGGACAUCACUUUCCUCGCCAGUAACCCUAACCGCAAAUACAAAAUGUACUACGACAUCGUCCUUGCAUCGGUCCUCUACCAGUACGGUAACACCGUUAUCAGGCUAGGGCCAACGCCGCGUUUGCAUCCCUUGAUUCCCUUCUCCUUGAAAGAGAGGAACCACACACGUGUCCAUUUCAAGCUAGGAGUGGUGAGGGAGUGGUUCGGCGAUGGCGUGGCACAACAAAUCUCGUACGACAGGUCUCGCGGAUUGGUGACAUUUGGGGUUAGAAUGGCCGCUGCGGUGAGGUUCAAGGCUAGGCUACGGCCUUCGGAACACUAUGUGCUGCUGGUCUCCUGUGAUCGGGUCGAUUUCGGGUUUUCUAGGAAUAAUGAGACCGGCGUAUUGACGGGUCAGUCUGGAGCGUGCUCUGUGGAAUCUAGGUAGUAUCGUUUGGAACCAAAUUUUUUGUUUUUUUUGUGUUUUUUUUUUUUUUUGGGACAUGUGGUUUGAACCAAUUUUUUGUAUUUUCUUUGGAGAUGAUGUUUGAACCAGUUUCUUUUUUGUUUUUGGACAUGUGGUUUGAACCAA